GUGAUGACACAAGGUAUCGGCUUAAGUUCUCCGACCCAAAAGUAUGCAAGAGUUUCCUGCUCACUUGCUGUCCUCAUGAGAUUCUCUCCUCAACGCGCAUGGACUUGGGUGAGUGCCCCAAGGUACAUGACCUGGCACUUCGAGCUGAUUAUGAACAGGCCUCAACUCAGAAAGACUACUUCUAUGACAUUGAUGCAAUGGAGCAUCUGCAGUCGUUUAUUACCGAUUGUGAUAGGCGAACAGAAUCUGCUAAAAAGCGAUUAGCAGAGACACAGGAGGAAUUGAGUGCAGAAGUUGCGGCAAAAGCUAAUAAAGUCCAUGACCUUGCAGAGCAGAUUGGAAAGAAGUUGGCAAGAGCUGAAGGUCUUGGUGCUGAUGGAAUGGUUGAGGAAAGUAUGAAACUUAUGGAAGAAGUAGAAGACCUGCGUAAGCGGAAGGCUGCUGCUGAGCAAGAGUACCGUAAUUCUAUGCCAGCAUCAAGUUACCAACAGCAGAAGUUGCGAGUCUGUGAAGUGUGUUCAGCUUACUUGGGUAUCCAUGACAAUGACAGACGGCUCGCUGACCACUUUGGUGGAAAGCUACAUUUGGGAUUCAUAAAGAUUAGAGAAAAGCUGGAAGAAUUAAAGAAAACGGUGGAAAGUCGAAGAGAAAAACGGCGUGAAGAGCGAGAGCUAGAAAGAAAUGCCCGAUUUGGUGAAAUUGCCGAUUAUGAUGUUACAAGGGAUCAUGACCGUGAAAGAGAACGUUAUCGUGAGGGUGACCGUGACAGGAGAGAGAGGUAUCGGGAAGGUGAGAGAGAAAGACGUCGGCGGAGGUCAAGAUCUCGAACACGAUCUCGCGAGCGUCGGCGUCGGCGAUCCAGAUCUCGUGAGCGUUACUAUAGAUCUCACUCGAGGUCAAGGUCCCGUGACCGCAGGGCUGGUACUCCAGAGAAUGGCGAAAUUACAGAUGAACGGUCCAGAGAUGGUAUUGAAUAAAAUGAACAUAGCAGAUUGUGGUACCAACGAAUUUGUGUAUUCAAACAAACCGGCUACUGAGUGUUUGAUGUUAUUCAUUGUUUUACAUUAAUGUAUUUAAUUUGUUGACCAUUUACAUCAUAUCUUAUGCCAUGUUCAUUUACUCAUGUCUAAUAGCAAGAUUCUAUGCCAAGUACACGACACAUUUUUAGUGUCCCAUUUUUUUUCAUCUACAUAAUUCUGUAAUUUAUAACUUUUAAGCAAAUCACUUCCAGAUACCUGAAUUAAAACACAAGUUUCGAGAAUACUCCCUUUUUCUUCCCUUAAUGUCAGCAUGGAGUGUCAAGAAAGAAUGUUUGCCCAUCACAUGAGUAGCUUGCUAAAGACCCAAUAUAAUAUUUAUAUAUGAUGAUUUGGGGUAGGUGAGGUAUUUGCUUGCAUUUUACACAAAUAGGUCAUUAUUUCUUUUGUAAUAUAAUUUUUAAAAUUGUCAUUGGCAGUGCCUAUUUUGUGUGUAAUGCAUUGAUGCUGAUUCAUGAAUUGCAUGUCUAGUUGUCGAUUGCAUAUUUCAAAUCCUCCAAAAUUAUUUUGUAAAUGUGUGGCUCUGCAUAUAGAGUAUGCAAAGGCUAUUUUAUCUGCAUAUAGAUUAUGCAGAUUUAAGUUACUGUAGAGAAAUCUUCAUAGAAAAUAGUGAAGGCCUGAGUACAUGCAUUAGCUAAAAUUCAGUGAAGAUUUUUUUUUUUUAAUUUCUGAAGCUUGACCAGGAGAGCUAGUUUACGAGUAGUAUUACAUGUUAGUGGUAGAAACAGAGGUGUAGUAAUCGUACAGAUUUUUUGUCAACUGAGGAUACCCCAUUUUUACUGGAGUGAGGUUUCUGCUGUACACAUGUAAUUUACUUGAAUUAAAAAUUUGAAACUGCUAA